UAGUCGUACAACAGUCGCAAAAAAAAAUCAUCAUACACCACAUCAUCAGACACUCCACACCGCCAACUACUUUCCACUAAUCACCAUCAAAUCUAUCACGGCGGUCGAUCGGGAUUGUUAUAUUAUCACAUCACCGCCUCUGCACUUUCCCCUUUCAUCUCCAAAAAUAUAAGCGAAGAAGAAGUAAAGGCGAGGUAAAUUAAAGAGCUACAGAAAUGUCAGACCUAGACCGGCAGAUAGAGCAGCUGAAAAACUGCGAGCCGCUGAAAGAAUCGGAAGUGAAAUCUCUUUGCUUAAAAGCUAUGGAAAUAUUAGUCGAAGAAAGUAAUGUUCAACGUGUCGAUGCUCCAGUCACUAUAUGUGGCGACAUUCACGGACAGUUUUAUGACAUGAAAGAGCUAUUUAAAGUGGGCGGUGAUUGUCCGAAGACUAAUUACUUGUUUCUUGGAGAUUUUGUGGACAGAGGGUUCUAUUCUGUAGAGACCUUUUUGCUUUUACUUGCUCUGAAGGUAAGGUAUCCUGAUCGGAUAACAUUGAUUAGAGGAAAUCAUGAGAGCCGGCAGAUUACACAGGUGUAUGGAUUCUAUGAUGAGUGCCUGAGGAAAUAUGGUUCUGUCAAUGUUUGGAGAUAUUGUACAGAUAUAUUCGAUUACCUAAGUUUGUCCGCUCUCAUUGAGAACAAAAUAUUUUCUGUUCACGGAGGUCUCUCUCCUAAUAUCACCACAUUAGAUCAGAUUCGAACAAUUGAUCGGAAGCAAGAAGUACCCCAUGAUGGUGCCAUGUGUGACCUCUUAUGGUCUGAUCCGGAAGACAUUGUGGAUGGCUGGGGUUUGAGUCCGCGUGGUGCUGGUUUCUUGUUUGGUGGAAGUAUUGUUUCUUCUUUCAAUCAUACAAAUAAUAUUGAUUACAUUUGUCGUGCACACCAGUUGGUAAUGGAAGGUUAUAAGUGGAUGUUUGAUAACCAGAUUGUCACCGUCUGGUCAGCCCCAAAUUACUGUUACAGGUGUGGCAACGUAGCUGCUAUUCUCGAGCUGGAUGAGAAUCUCAAUAAACAGUUCCGAGUAUUUAAAGCAGCUCCACAGGAAUCUAGAGGGGCUCCGGCUAAGAAGCCACCACCGGAUUACUUUCUAUGAAACUGGAUCACAUGUUACUUUAUAUCGUUGGAUCCUAUUCACAUGCAUUUAUUAGGAAGAUGAUGAUUGUAUAUUUUACAACAAAGACAGUUUUGUACCAAAGGAUCAUGGGCGGAUCGGCCCACUGGCUCAUGAUUCGGUAGGUGCACCAUUGCAUCCCAGUUUGUUGCAAUUGUUUUGGGUUGCUGUAAUUGGUGUGCGGUGUGCCACUACACCUCAGUUCAUUUCAAUUGUGCCGGGCGGCUAUUAUCACUCGGUCUAGUUUCUAUCUUCAUGGAGUUCAUCUCAUGAGUGUUGUGUAGUAGGCUUGUGUUGUGUAGUAGUGUUAAUGUGUGCUAGAUUGUAUGUACACAAAAAGGUAGUUGCACCUCCAAACCACCGUAAACCCCAUGUGUUUGGUUCAAUAUAGUGGUGAAAAAAAUCCGGGAGAGUAAACUUCAACAGGGAAGUUGGCAUAUGGAUAUUAUGUCUUUUUCCGGUUGCAUGUGUAAUGGUCUGUUUUUUAUAUGUUGAAGAUGAUUUAAUGUUAGGUAUAUAUGCCAAUUUUUGCAA